AUGGGCUUAACAGAUUUCGGAAUCAACUUUAUCGUCAACUCUGUCGCCGACAUGGGUCGGACAGCGGAGCUGUUGUCGUUGGUGGAGUGGCAUAAUCCGGAUCCAUCCGCUCUAACCGUGACGGCUGCUGCAGAGGUUGGGGAGAAGGAGGAGAAGGAGGGUAGAAGAGCGCCAGAGCCAGAGGGGGAGGGCGAGUUGAUUAAGGAGUCAGUAUGUAUUGCUUGCGGUGCGCUCGGAAAGGCUCGGAGAACUGGCCAUGUGAAGAGGAAGGAUGAAGUCUUGAAGCCCUCGGAUUCUUACAGGGAGUUCAUCACAUCUUCCCCCCUCUACACCCUCUCCUUCCUCCGCACCGUCGACAACAAUAUUCUCACCACCCUCCAACGCGGGCUCUGGCCACGCCUUCUCCACUCCUGGAUUCUUGAACCCCUCCUGAAACUCCUAGCUUUAAUACUGUUGGGGAGAUUGGGACAAAUGGGAGUUGUGUUGGGAAGUUGGGGUCCGCUGGUGUAUGGGGUCGUGAUGGUGGUGGCGGGGUGUUUGGGGUGGCCAGUCGUGUUUUUGGGUGAUGCGUCGAUUAUUGCAAGUCGGCAGCUUGGGACAUAUGAGAAGUUGAGAUUGAAGACACUCCUCUGGUGUGCACUGAAGGUACUCCCACUGUUCGCACUCACGAACGCGGUAACGUUGGGCGUGGAUACCAUUCUAGCAAGUACCCUCCUUGAGGAAAAGGUCUUUUGGAAGAUGAACGUGGGCAUGAUAUUGCGUACCCUUAUUGGGCAACUUGGACGCGUACUAGUGGCUCGUGAGUCCAUCAUGGUUCUCAGGGAGGUCGACGUGGUGACGAUCAUCCCCACACCAACACCCAAGGAGACAGGGUGGUUGAGGCAACCGCGGUUGCUUGAGGCAGGGUAUGGAGGACUUGGGUGGGUAUGGAGGUAUAUGAAGCAGGUUUUCGUGUGGAUGGUGGUUGAGUUUGUGGUUAGGGCGAGUUUGACGGUUGGCAAUGGCGGACAAGGUCUGAGCGGGAUGGGAAUGGGAAUGGAGGGGGUGUGGAGUGGGAGUGCAAUGGGAGCGCAUCCGGAGUUGUGA